UAUGGACCCCAGUGCAAGUCCAUUGGAAAAGUCAGCUGCAACAAUGUAAUAGUCACCGGCAGUCCCAUGACAGUUCAACAGCUGGGACCUGUUUCACCUCCUGCUAAUCAGGUUUCAACAGCAUGCAACCAGAUCACCCCUAGCUUAAAGAGGUCUAUGGAUGUUUCCAGCCUGAGCGCUUCUCCAUCAGAUACAAGGUCGCUCUUGUCACGUGAGUCUCUGGCCUCUACAACGUUAAGCUUGUCAGAAAGUCAGUCCACUUUCAGUGUUAAGCAGGAGUGGUCGCAUAGGUACAAGACACUUCCUUCUAUACCUCCUGACCAAGGUUUACAAAAUGGCAGUGAUCUGGGGGACUUACUAAGUUUUUCACCUGGAACAUCUGUGUCCAGUAACUGCAACUCUAACUCAUUACCGUCCUACUUACAUGGCAUGGAAAAUAAGCAUUCCCCUUACUCUAGUCCUCGCCAUUCCUCAGCCUGGUCUCAAUCAGGCCGCUCCAAAAAGAGAGCACUCUCUCUAUCUCCUCUGUCUGAUGGCAUUGGAAUUGACUUCAAUUCAAUCAUCCGUACAUCCCCAACCUCUCUGGUGGCCUACAUCAACAGCUCCAGGACAUCGCCAGCAAACAUCUCCCCUCAGCCUGAGGUCUAUGGACAUUUCUUGGGAGUGAGAGGAAGCUGUAUAGCCCCAAAUUGCUCUAUUCCAGCUGCCCAGAAAGGCCUCCUCAUGGCUAAUGGCAACGUCACCCUCCCAGGGUACAUUGAGAAUGGGGCUGGUGAGUACCAGCGAAUGCAGCAACUGGAGCAAGCCAGCUUGCAGAUGGCUGCCACAAGUAACAUGGUGAUCCAGCAGGGCGUGCUGCCUGUGGACAACCAGGCAGUGGGCGUCCUGAAAAAUGAACGUCUGGAUGACUUCUCAGGCCGUGUGGUCGACGUGCCACCUCCACCCCUGCUGCUGCCGCCUCCUCCACAAGGGCCACCCCCACCAUACCAUGCUCACCAGCACCAGCAUCCACACAGGCUCCCCAGUCACAUUCACCAGCUGCCUGUGCCUCCUUCUGCCCCAGGCUCCCUGCUUGAUGAAGAUGGUGAGCUAGAUGAUUUCAAUGGCAAGCAUGGCUGUCGCUGGGUUGACUGUGGUGCACUGUAUGACCAGCAAGAGGAACUUGUGCGGCACAUAGAGAAGAUCCAUAUAGACCAGAGGAAAGGAGAGGACUUCACUUGCUUCUGGGCAGGGUGCCCACGAAGGUACAAGCCAUUUAAUGCCCGUUAUAAACUGCUGAUUCACAUGAGAGUCCACUCAGGAGAGAAGCCGAACAAAUGCACA